AUGGGAAAGAGAAAACAAUGUGAUGAGGAUAUGGAUGUACAGAAGGGGCAGAUCAUUGACGGCAACUGCAAGAAUGGGGCUUAUAAGCAGUUAAAGAAGCUGUUGCAGGAAAGAGUGCCGGGAUGUAGGGUCAAGGCAUAUCCUAACAUUGAAGGAAGGUUCAAAAAAAUGAAGAAGAGAUGGCAUGAAAUAACAUUUAUGAGAAAACAAAGUGGUUGGGGAUGGGACGAGGUCAAUAAAUGCAUUGUAUGUCCCGAGGGAUCUUGGGAUGAGUUUGAGAAGAAGCACACAAGCUGCAGAGGGUUGAACAAGAAAAGAUUUCUCGUCUACGAUGACUUAGCACCGAUUUUUUGCAAAGCGCGUGCAAGUGAAAUGGAUGAUGUGUUGAUGGAGGAAAUACAAGCAGAAAUGGCAGCACAGAAUAAUCAAUCUGCCAGUGUUACUGCUUCAACCAAUGGUGCUCUAAUUAAGAAGAGAAAGAAAACACUCGGGGAGAGCGAUGAUCUCAUUAGCAAGAGAUUGAAUCUGCUGAGGAAGCUGGAAGAACUUGGAGGCCUCACAACAACUGAUGUCAUCACUGCAUUGCGGAAGCUCUCUAACAAUGAUAGGGACCUGGUGACAUUCUAUUCGUUGGAGACGGAUGAAUAUAAGAUGGCUUUUGUUAGAGGAUUGCUUGGAUAA